GUUUUAAUUUCGUCGGAUUUUAUCAUCGGAAUAGUAAACUGUUUGUUUAUUUAUUUCUAUACAUAUUGCUCCAGCAAUCAAUACAUUGUUUUCUUCAUAGUAAACAAAUGAUAUAGUUUUUUAAUUUUCUACAACCUAGAACCAUCGUAGAACCUAGAACAUUGUCGGAACAUGGCAACAAUGACGGACACGUACGGCACAACGGGUACACUCUCGCUGAAGUGGGACCCUAAAAACUUGGAGAUCCGCACGACCUCUGUGGAGCGCACGCUGGAGCCUCUCGUGUUGCAGGUGACAACGCUCGUCAACAGCAAGGACCGCGCUGCUAAUAAGAAGAGACCUGGUAAAUCCAAGAGGGCCAGCGCGCUAGUGGCCACUGUGGAGCGAGCCACCGAGAUAUUCAUAGAGCGAGGGCAGACCAUCGCGUAUGAGAACCCGGAGAUCACUCAGGAGAUGCUGACGGCUGUCGAGGAGGUCCGCAAGGCUGGGGCGGCGAUGUCGCUGUCGGCGCGCGAGUUCUCGGAGGAGCCGUGCGCGUCGGCCGCGCGCUCGGGCAUGGUGCGCGGCGCGCGCGCGCUGCUGUCCGCCGUCACGCGGCUGCUCAUCCUCGCCGACAUGGUCGACGUCCGUCUGCUGCUGGCCAAGCUGCGCACGGUGGAAACUGAUCUGGACAAGCUGAAGUCUGCUUCAUCGCAGUCUGAGCUGGUGGAGUCCGCGAGGCAGUUCGGGCGCUCCGCCAACGAGCUGGCGGCUCAGGCGGCUAAAAGACAAAAGGAGUUAAAAGAGCCCAGGAUGAAAGACGAAUUGGCAGCGGCCAGGGCCGUGCUGAAGAAGCACUCCACCAUGCUUCUCACCGCUUCCAAGGUAUAUGUUCGCCACCCGGAGUUAGCCGCAGCUAAGGCCAACCGGGACUACGUGCUGCGGGCCGUAUGCUCGGCCGUGGACACUAUCUCCGCCGUGGCCCAGGGGAGAUCCACACCUGGACAUGGUAACAACCGCGCACCGGUCGAGGGACCCGGCGAAUUGGCGCAAGCGCUCGACGAUUUUGAUGAGCGCAUGGUGAUGGAGCCGCUGGCGUACUCUGAGCUGCGCACGCGGCCGUCGCUCGAGGAGCGCCUCGAGUCCAUCAUCUCCGGCGCCGCGCUCAUGGCCGAUAGCUCUUGCACCAGGGACGAGCGGCGCGAGCGCAUCGUGGCGGAGUGCAACGCGGUGCGGCAAGCGCUGCAGGAUCUGCUGCACGAGUACAUGACCAACGCGGGGCAGCCGGGGCAGUCGGCGGGGCUGGAGCGGGCCAUAGAGAACAUGUGCCGCAAGACCCGGGACCUGCGCCGCCAGCUGCGCAAGGCGGUCGUCGACCACGUGUCUGACAGCUUCCUGGAGACCAAUGUUCCAUUGCUGGUACUGAUGGAAGCAGCGAGAAACGGGAAUGAAAAGGAAGUGGAAGAAUAUGCUCUGGUGUUCACUGAACACGCCAACAAGCUGGUGGAGGUCGCAAACCUCGUGUGCUCGAUGUCCAAUAAUGAAGACGGCGUCAAGAUGGUCCGCCACGCGGCCGGGCAGAUCGAGGCCUUGUGUCCGCAAGUGAUCAACGCCGCUCGCGUACUAGGCGCCCGCGCACGCUCCCGCGUCGCUCAAGAAAACGCUUCCGCAUUCGCCAGAGCUUGGGAGGCGGCCGUCCGCCUGCUGACAGAUGCGGUGGACGACAUCACCACUAUUGACGACUUCCUCGCCGUGUCCGAGAAUCACAUUCUGGAAGACGUGAAUAAAUGCGUCGUGGCGCUGCAGGAGGGGGACCCUGAUUCUCUGGAGAGGACCGCGGGCGCCAUCCGCGGACGAGCGGCCAGGGUGUGCUCGGUGGUGACCCAAGAGAUGGACAAUUACGAACCUUGCAUCUACACCAAACGUGUGCUGGAAGCUGUUACUGUCCUGCGCGACCAAGUGAUGUCAAAGUUCGCCGUGCGCGUCGACGCAGCGGUGUCCGCACUGGGCGGCGGCGCAGGCGCAGGCCUCGAUGAGAACGACUUCAUAGACGCGUCCAGAUUGGUCUACGACGCGGUCAGGGAGAUCCGACGCGCUGUGCUGAUGAACAGGACCUCGGACGAUCUAGACACGGACACCGAAUUCGAACCUGUAGAAGAUAUGACCAUGGAGACGAGGAGCCGAUCGAGCGCGCACACCGGCGAGCACGGGGUCGAUGAGUACCCUGAUAUCAGUGGCAUCACUAACGCUAGGGAAGCAAUGAGGAAAAUGACAGAAGAGGACAAGCGCAAGAUCCUGCAGCAGGUGGAGCUGUUCCGCCGCGAGAAGAUGACCUUCGACAACGAGGUGGCCAAGUGGGACGACGCGGGCAAUGACAUCAUCAUGCUAGCCAAGCACAUGUGUAUGAUCAUGUUGGAAAUGACAGACUUCACCAGAGGCCGCGGUCCUUUGAAGACCACGAUGGACGUUAUCAACGCGGCCAAGAAGAUAUCCGAAGCCGGCACCAAGCUCGAUAAGCUGACCAGGGAGAUCGCUGAACAGUGCCCAGAAUCGUCGACGAAGCAGGACCUCCUCGCGUAUCUGCAGCGUAUCGCGCUGUACUGCCACCAGAUACAGAUCACCAGCAAGGUGAAGGCGGACGUGCAGAACAUAUCCGGGGAGCUUAUUGUCAGCGGGCUGGACAGCGCGACUUCUCUCAUCCAAGCGGCCAAAAACCUGAUGAAUGCUGUCGUCCUCACCGUUAAGGCUUCCUACGUGGCCUCCACAAAAUAUACCAGACAGGGGACUAUCGCUUCUCCGAUCGUGGUGUGGCGCAUGAAAGCGCCGGAGAAGAAGCCGCUGAUCCGGCCGGAGAAACCGGAGGAGGUGCGCGCCAAGGUGCGCCGCGGGAGCCAGAAGAAGCAGCCCAGCCCCGUGCACGCGCUGGCCGAGUUCCAGAACCCGGCCGACAGCGUUUGAGGUGCGGACCGUCAACAUAUUUAUUUCGAAAAACACGCGUAGAUUUAAGUUAUAUGGAUGUGAUUUAUCAAUUUGGUGGCUCAUUUGCUUGUAUUAUCAUUCUACUCAUAUUAUAAAUGCGAAAGUUUUUGAGGAUGUGUGUGUGUAUGUUCGUUACUCUCACGCAAAAUCUACUGGACGGUUUGUUAUGUAAUUUGGUACACGGGUAGAAUAACCUGGAAUAACAUAUGAGGUACUUUCUAUCCGGAAAUUCCCAUCGGAGCGAAGCCCCGGGGCGCAAUUAGUUAUUAAUAAUUACAUAUUAUAUAGUCCCUUUGUGUCGGCAAAUUAAGGUUUUUUUUGUUCGUAUAUUUUUUCUAUACUUAUUUUUAUUAUAAUUUAGAAUGAAUGAGGACAUUAUUUGCCAAAAUUGUGAUUAUUUGAAUUUUAUGAAAAAAUCUAUCACUUUAUCUCUUCCCGGAUAGACAGUCAGAUGUCGCGAAACUCAAGGUCACACAGAGAAACAAUAAAUAAUAUACAAAAAACUCAAAGUUAUGCUAAUGUUUUGUCACUAUCGUACUUUAUAAUAUUUGACAUUGAUAGAAAGAGACAAAACAUACUACAGCUUGCAGCGUGUUUUCAUUUUUUUGUGAAUAUACCGUGACUUUAUACGCGUCUGUUGAUAAAUAGCGUGAACGUUUAAAUUGCGCUCCAUUUAAUGCCGGCUACGAUCGUCGAACUCGGACACACGCCGACGCGAGUGCGUGAACAUUAGCAAUGUAUACCGAAUCCGCUAAAGUUGAUCGUUUUAUUUGCCGAUAAGAGUGUAGCCGGCGUACAAUUAAAAUUAUCUGUAUGUAAUAUUAUGAUUCGAGUUUUUUUCGACUCUCUCCAUAACAUGUUUUGUGGAUUACAUUGUAUUUUUAUAAUAUUCAUUUUUUGAUUGUUUUUUUUUAAUAUAUCGCGACUUGUAAUCUUAGAAAUCUAUUUAUAAAAAUAUAGUUCAUAAGAAUUUUGACAUUUGUUUGUAUAGAACAAUAAUGCAGCCAAAUUUUAAUAUAGAUAUUUAGACGUUUUUUAUUAAUAAUAAAAAAAAUUACUAUAUACAACUUAAACAUUCACAUAAUCAAUAAGUAUUGAUAACUUUUCUAGAAUAUAAAAAAAAAACGUAUAUUCUCAAUAGUAACAUUUUCAAGUUUUUCCUGAAGAUUACGGUCUAUUUAUUGACACAAGUCCCAUCGAUUUAGGUGCAGCUCAAAAUUGCUACGAAUAUUAUGUAGUUUUAAUAUUUAAAAUUGUAUUAGAAUAUAGUUUAAGAAGUAUAAGAUGCAAACAACUGUGGGACACGUAAAAAGAUAUUUUGUUAUUUUUACACUUGGGCUGUAAACGUAUAACCAAAUUACAUUUGUACUUAAAAAAAUCAUAUUUGUUUUGAAAAUGACCACGAUUCAUGAACGCCAAAAAACAUUUUUUUCAGGAAACAUUGAUUUUGCAUUAAGACAUUUUAAUAAACAAAGUUUAGUAAAUAAACAUUUUUACGAAUUGCAUAGUGGUUUGAAUCAAUUUUAUAUUAUUGGCCGAAAUUAUUUUUGUUCAGUUUGAACUAUAAUUUUAUAUAUUAUAAUUUUGUGACUUUCUUCGAAAAUAUUGCUACGAAGACAUAUUUUAUAUUCAAAAUUAAAAAAAAAAAACAAAUAUUGCUUGUUUUUAUGAAAAAAUAAGGUCUUUAACGGAAAAAUCUUUUAAAUACAUACAACAUAUAACACUAUAUAAUAUACACAUAAAAUCCAAUUUUUUUUUAAUAGCUCUUAAUGAUAUGUUCCUUAUUUGUCUAUUCUGACCUAAUUAACAUCUUAUUUCGAACUGCAUAAGGUUCACUAUUAUCUUUUAUGUAUAUGUUCAGUUUUGCUAGAACAAAAAAGCUAAAAUAAUAUCGAUCAAUAAUUAUGAUAUAGCAAUAUACAAAUAAGUAUUACUAUUAGUUAUAAAGAAUUAAAAUGUAUAACCACGAUUGAAAAUAGAUUUAUUAUUUUUUAAAAUAUUAUGUAUGAUGUCCUGUAGUACGAUGGCUUUUUGUUUUAAUGCAAUUUAUAUUGUCGAAAAAGAUGUUGUAAACUUUUAAAAAUUGUUUUGCCCGUUGUUCUAAAUUGCAAGUUUUAUACGGAAUUUUAAUGAAAAUGUAAUUUUAAAUAUUUUUUCACGCCAAAUUCAUUGCAAACUCGCCGCUAUGCUUGAUGUGCUGUUGACUGUACUUGUUCUUUUCGAGUGUGUUAUCGCCAUAUUGUUGGUGUCAGAUUUAAGUCGCCUAAAGCUGUCUGACAUGACUUACGACAACCUACCUACUUAAUAGUGGCGGCACAUACACACUAGUGAACUUAAACUGUCCACCAGUGUGCAGGUUUCCUCACGAUGUUUCCCUUCACCGGAAGCAAGUGGUGGACGAUGAAAACAAUUAUUAUGUUCUGAUACAUGAGUUACAUUGGUAUACAAAUACAAACUCGUGUGGCACGAGAAGGAUUCAAACAUUUCGAUCACGGGCGGUCUUAACCACUGGACCAACACAGUUUCUAAUUUAUACUAAAAAUACACGUCUUAUAUUAAAUAAUAUUCAUACUCUUCUAAGGUGCGUGUGUACUGUAGGACAUCAUUUUAAAAUGACAUUAAAAUUGUGUUUAUUUAUUAUAAUAUUUUCCCAAUUUUUUUAUUUUUUAUUUAUAAUAAAAUAUACAGUAAGUUUUGUGUUAAGAUUUCUACUUUAAGAUGAAACUAUAUCAGAAAAUAGUUUGGUUUUGUACCACUAAUUAUAAUAAUGUAACGUUUAUAUCCGCUGUAUUUGUAGUUUUCCAGUUUUCUACCAAACAUUUUGAACCUUAGUUUUAAAUAAUAAAGAUAUAAGACUCA